AGCACAGAGCACGCAGCCCCCCUGCCCAGGCCGAAAGACGGGUAGGUAGUGGACAGGUGAGGCGAAAGCGGGAGGCGGCCGAGGUGACGCCGUCGUGGGUGGGUAUAAAUGGCGGAGCUGCCAAUCCCACCACAGUCGGCAAGGAAGGAAGGAGCCACCCCCCUCCCCAUUCCUACCCACCCAGCAUCUCGGCAGUAACUCUCCUCCCUCCCACGCGGCGCGCCCGCUCGCCGCGCGCGCGAAUCUCGGUCGCAACUGGUGUACUGUUGAAGGAAGGAAAAAUCAUCCUAUUUGUCAUGGCGGGAACUGACUCCUCGGCGUCAUCGAGACAAAGCAGUUUCAACUCAUUAGCAAAGGACCUAGAACUUCCUUUGGAGCAAGGGUGCCUCACCAUCGUUGUACUUGGGGCUUCUGGAGAUCUUGCCAAGAAGAAAACGUUCCCGGCACUCUACCACCUUUUUGAGCAGGGGUUCUUACAAUCUGGUGAAGUGCAUAUAGUGGGGUAUGCGAGAACAAAUCUUUCUGAUGAUGGGUUGAGAGGGCGCAUCCGUGCAUACCUUAAAGGAGCCUCAGAGGAACAUGUUUCAGAAUUCUUGCAAUUGAUAAAAUAUGUCAGUGGUUCCUAUGACAGUGGAGAAGGUUUUGAAAAACUGAACAAGGAAAUAUCAGAUUAUGAGAUGUCAAACAACUCAGGAAGCUCCCGUAGGCUCUUUUAUUUGGCAUUGCCUCCAUCUGUCUACCCUUCAGUGUGCAAAAUGAUCCGAACAUAUUGCAUGAGUCCAACUUCUCGCUUUGGAUGGACUAGAGUAAUUGUUGAGAAGCCCUUUGGAAGGGACCUGGACUCUGCAGAAGAAUUGAGUUCCCAACUUGGGGAGCUAUUCGAGGAAGAUCAACUCUACAGGAUUGACCACUACUUGGGAAAAGAGUUGGUCCAAAACUUGCUUGUGCUUCGUUUUGCGAACCGUUUGUUCUUACCACUUUGGAACCGUGACAAUGUUGAUAAUAUACAGAUUGUAUUCAGGGAGGACUUCGGAACUGAUGGACGUGGAGGAUAUUUUGAUCAAUAUGGAAUCAUCCGUGAUAUCAUUCAGAACCAUUUGUUGCAGGUUUUCUGUUUGGUUGCAAUGGAAAAGCCUGUAUCUCUUAAGCCUGAGCACAUUAGAGAUGAGAAAGUCAAGGUUCUGCAAUCCGUGAACCCGAUAAAGGACGAAGAGGUAGUCCUUGGACAAUAUCAGGGCUACAAGGAUGACCCUACAGUGCCAGAUGACUCUAAUACCCCAACGUUUGCAUCUAUUGUACUUAGGGUACACAAUGAAAGAUGGGAAGGUGUUCCUUUCAUUCUUAAAGCUGGUAAAGCAUUAAACUCAAGAAAAGCAGAAAUUCGUGUGCAGUUCAAGGAUGUUCCCGGUGACAUUUUUAAAUGUAAGAAGCAGGGAAGAAAUGAGUUUGUCAUACGCCUCCAGCCAUCAGAAGCCAUGUACAUGAAACUAACUGUGAAGAAACCUGGAUUGGAAAUGGCUACUGAACAGAGUGAACUUGAUCUGUCAUAUGGGAUGCGUUACCAAGAUGUCAAAAUUCCAGAGGCAUACGAGCGCCUCAUUUUGGAUACAAUAAGAGGAGACCAGCAACACUUUGUGCGCCGAGAUGAGCUGAAGGCUGCCUGGCAGAUCUUCACUCCCUUGUUGCACGACAUCGACGCUGGCAAGCUGAAGGCUGUUUCAUACAAGCCUGGCAGCCGAGGCCCCAAGGAAGCUGAUGAACUGAGUGAGAAGGUUGGGUACAUGCAGACCCACGGUUACAUCUGGAUACCACCCACCCUUGCAUAGAGUGCCUCCCUCGAUCCUUGUAGGUUUGUUUAGCUAGGAAGAGUGAAAGUAUCACGGAUAAAAAUCUUACGAAUUUUAGCUGUACUGCGGUUUACCUGGCGUUGUAAUAACGGAUCUGUUCGACGGAGUAUACCUCACCACGGUGUGAAAUAAAAAAUGGAGUGUUUCAAUCA